AUGUCGUCCAAUGAUCUCUCCAAAUCGUUCGACACUGUGCCCAAGCUCACUGGGAAAGAGAACUACCUGGUAUGGCAUCAGAGGUUAACAGUUGUCCUCUUCAUGACUCGAACUCGCUUGUUCGUUCUUCCCACCACCAUUGCACCAACUGCUACCACUACAAUCCCCUCCACUAUAUCAUCCCUUUCGCUCGAAGCCUGGAACGAACUAGAUGAACAGGUUGCUGCCGCCAUUCUCCACUCCACUUCUGAGGAUAUCCUCUCUGCUCAUCUUCACCUUUUGUCACCCAUUGGUCCUCCUUCGACCGAUCGACCGGUUUCCACCACCAUUUCCCCUGCUUAUCGAGCUCGAACAAUCUAUGAUUCGCUCAAGAAGACCUAUGGAACUACUGGUGCUCAAUAUUCGUUUGCUCUUGGGAAGAAAUUUGUGGAAAACCGGUGUUCAGAGGAUGAGGAUGUUGAGGAAUGGGUGAACAAAGUGCUCGCUCAAUAUCGUGAUCUCAAAGUUCUUUUGUACGAUCUCGAUCAACUCUGUGUCAAUGUUCUCCUCAAUGGUCUUCCUGAUCACUUCAGUUCGUUCAUUGACGGCAUCUGGAAGGAAGAUGAUACACCAUCUGUGGAAAACAUCAAGAUCGAAAUCCUUCGAGUGAACGCAGGGAAGGGACCAAGUAAGGAACAUCCCUGUGCUCGAUGUGGAUCGGUCAAUCAUUGGGUAGUGGACUGCUCGGUUCCUGCAUCCUCGAAUGAGCGAGGUAGAACCAGGAAAUGGAAGAAAAAGAAAGACAAGGGUCGAUCAAACAAGGUUGCUGCUCCUGUAAAGACUGAGACAGCUGCCGUUGCCUCGCAAGCAAUCACCUUGUUUGAAUGCAACAAUAUUGAACAUCUCCUCCUCACCACCGACAUCAACUCGAUCUCGCUGGCCGCUCGUUCAAGUCAAUGGAUUCUUGACUCUGGGGCAAGUGAACACAUGAGUGGGGAUAUCAAGUGGAUGAAAGAUCUCAAAUUGACCGAGUCGAUCGCUCGAAUCACAACUGCUGGAGUGUUACGGGGUAACAACGAAUCGAGGGAACUCUAUCGAGUUCGACGGAUUAGGACAGAGGAAAGCGGGAGUUGGAGGCAGUGCUGCACACCAGAGCCCCUAGAUUUCCACGAGACCUCCAUCGAGUUCGACCCAACCUGCGACCUAGUCGUCGUGUUUCCAGUACCGUUACAAGUUGAAGAAUCAGCCUUACGCACCUUGGGUCGAAUCGGAGAGUACUGUAUGCUCACCAGAGGGAAAGCGCGGAAAAUGAUACCAGAAAAAGAGGAGUUGGAACAAGGGCUGGUCCCAGAGGAAGAAAUACCAACAAGUUCUUCGAGAAGUACCAUUUCACAUGAUCUCACUUCUACUACCACUACCCCAGAUCCGCUAAAUGAAUUAUCGCAGCAGUUGUCACAAUUGUUAGCCAUUAUGACGAUGCAACAAAAGGAACAAAAUGCAUUAAGGGAAGAACUGGCUACGAUGAAAGCUGACCGACAGAACCAACAGAUACUCACAUCGAAAGGGGCAAGUUUGAUCGAAGUCGAAGAAAACAAGCCGUGUUUGGAGCCAAAACUUACCAACAACGAACGAACAGGAAGAACCAGGUGUGCGGAUCCACCUACCUUCAGUGGAGAACGAGGAGAAUUGGACAACUUCCUUGCAGCAUGUCACAUGAACUUCGAAUUCAAGGGGGCAGAGUACGCCACCGAUCGCAGAAAGAUCCUGUUCAUGUACGGGUAUCUUCGAGGCACCCCUCAAAUGCUUAUAACCCCGGCCAUAACCAAUCCAAUGGUAAAUAACACCGACCCUCGAACCAAAUCGGACUGGAUCUAUUUCAAACAGCAUGUGAUAGGGACUGAGGAGAACCAACGGAUGGCUGAAACGAUGAUUGCAGCGAAUCGAUGGGCUGCUAGACGCAAACAUGAGACGACCUGGCUUCCCCCUCGAUCGAAUUCGAUGCGAUUGGAUACUAGUUUGCCCAACCCGGUAGAACGCCACUCACAACCGACUGGUAGAGGACCCUUGCCCGGUGGAAAACCAGGGAUGAUGAAUUAUGGUCUACCAAAUGACCCUCCGGUCACUUGGACAGAGGACGGAGGACGUCUCAGCGAGAACGAAAUGACUUGGAGGAGGGAGAACCGACGUUGUCUCAAAUGUAGAAGUCCAGAACAUUACGCCAACAACUGUCCAAAUGGAGGAAAUACGAGAAACAACAUUAGGGGAUCCCCAAACCCGCAUAGCUCACCAAUUCCUAGUGGAUCGAACUCGAUCCCAACCGGAUCCAAAGGGCCAUUAGUUCGAGGAAUGGCGAUACAGACAGAAGAAGAUACCCUACGAUUUGGAAUGUUAAUUGAUACCGGAGCUACCGGAAGAUACGUACAGCCGGCCUGUCCAUUAUACCAUUUAUUCCCAAAGAGACAGUAUCAGGAACCACGGAAGAUCAGAUUCCUCGAUGGAACAACCGCGACGUUAGUGACCGAGUAUGUAGAAGCUGAGUUGGAUUUAGGAGCAGGACUCAAGAUUGCGACUCGAUUGGAUGUGAUGGCAUACGAAGGCCCCGAGGUACUGGUGGGAUUGGAUUUCUUGAAACAGUUUAGGGCAAGGAUCGAUUGUGGAAAGGGAUUGAUCGAGUUCGACGGAAUCGGACAGGAUAACGGUUGGAAAUAUCCGAGGUUGGAGGAAGGAUUGAUAAGAGGAACCGCACCGGAAAAAGGAGAAGAUGAGAUGAGCGAAGAAGAGUUACGACAGGUCAUACCGACACAAUGGCACCAAUACCUGGAGCUAUUCAAAGUGGAACGAGCCAGAAAACUACCACCAAGAAGAGAAUGUGACCACGAGAUCGAAUUGACCCCCGGAGCAGAACUAAAACCAGGACCAAUCUACCAACUGGAUGAACAUGGGGAUGCAUUCCUAAAGCAGCUUAGAACAGGAUCCAUCACCACGGAGCCGCUUUCUGUUGCUCGAUCAACUUCUGGGGCUCUUACAGACCAGUUUCACACGGUUGCCGUGAAGAAUAGUCAAACACUCCUAGAUUCCGCUCAGGCAGGAAACUCUGAAGGACAUCUGAUUCAAGGGGGGAGUAUGGGUGGACCAGUCAGAGAAAUCAAAUUUGGUGAUGCUGACAAACCACCUCAUGUGGUUGUGAAGCCAACAUUGCAAGAGCGUGUGAGAGUGAGACUUGAAGGGUCUGCAGAGCCCGCGGGAGUAGAUGCUGGCAGGUGA